AUGACGGGCGUCGACCCAAAAACUGCCCAACAUUACCUAAACAUCUCGCCUGACGCUCGACCAGUGAAGCAGAAGCCCCAACAACAUGCUCCUGACAGGCAACUGGCUAUCCGUGAAGAGGUGGAGCAGCUCUUGGCGGCAGACUUCAUAAAAGAAGUCAAUCUCAAUCGUGCAUGCCCGAAAGACUGCUAUCCCCUCCCGAGGAUCGACCAGUUGGUCGAUGCGACCGCCGGGCAUGCUCGCCUUUCGUUCAUGGAUGCCUUCUUUGGCUACAACCAGAUCAGGAUGGCGCCCGAGGACCAAGAGCACACGACCUUCCUCACUGAUCUAGGGGUGUAUUUCUACAAAGUUAUAUCGUUCGGGCUGAAGAAUGUGGGUGCUACCUAUCAGAGAGCCGUGAACAAGAUGUUCGCCCAACAGAUCGGGUGGAACAUAGAAGUUUACAUUGAUGACAUGAUCGUGAAGAGCCGUACGACGAUGGACCACUUGACCGACUUGGCCGAAACGUUCGCCACGUUGCGAAGAUACGGGCUGCGACUCAACCCUACCAAGUGUGCUUUUGGCGUUAGCUCAGGAAGAUUCCUCGGGUUCAUCGUCCACGAGAGGGGAAUCGACGCCAACCCGGAAAAGGUCCAGGCGAUCAUCGGUAUGCAAACCCCUCAGACAAUCAAGGACUUACAGCGACUUAAUGGGAGGCUCGCUGCCCUAUCCCGAUCUGGUGAUCGUUGCCUCCCCUUCUUCCGGGCGCUGAAGAACCCGAAGAACUUCCAAUGGAUGACACAGUGCGAAGAAGCUUUUGAACAAGUCAAACAACACUUGGCCAACCUCCCCCGCCUUGCCUCGGUCUCUUUUGGGGAAAAGCUCAGUAUCUACCUAGCUACCUCCUGGCACGCGGUCAGCUCUGUCCUGACCAAAGAAGCCUCCGGUGAACAACUACCGGUCUACUACAUCAGCCACGUCCUGAAUGGGCCUGAGGAGCGGUACCCGCCAAUCGAAAGGCUUGCUCUGGCGCUCGUACUGGUAGCCCGAAAGCUGUGCCCCUACUUCCAAGCCCAUCUGAUUGAGGUAAUCACCGACCAACUACUCCGGCAAGUUUUAUCUAAAUUCGAUGUUGCAGGUCGGCUCCUCAAGUGGUCGGUAGAGCUUGGAGAGUUCGACAUACACUACGUACCGAGGACUGCCAUCAAAGCCCAGUCGAUAGCCGACUUCAUCUCGGAACUCGCUCAAAUUAAGGACGAGGGUUCCGAGCAGUCUGGGGAAGCAUGGGUCCUGCACGUGGACAGAUUGACUACCUCAAGUGGCGCGGGCGCGGGACUAGUGUUAUCAGCCCCCAACGGACGCUCAUUCGAACGCUCCUUCCGCUUCAGGUUUCAAGCUACCAACAACGAAGCCGAAUAUGAGGCACUCCUGGCAGGACUCAGGUUAGCCCUCGAGAUGCAAGUGAACGCCAUCCACGUCCUCACCGAUUCGCGGCUGGUAGCCGAGCAAAUCAACGGCGGGUACGAGGCCAGGAAACCAACCAUGGCAAAGUACCUGGCGGAGGUAAAAAGCCUAACCUCCGACUUCUCUCACUUCACAAUAUCUAGGGUGCCGAGGAGUCAGAAUGAGCGAGCCGAUGAGCUGGCUAAAUUGGCCUCAAGGUUGGACCCCAAAACCCAGCCCGAGAUUGAAGAGCUCCCCUUUCGCGCUAUCUCGGUCUCGAUUGUGUCUUUAGCCGACGUGCAUACCACAUGGGUGCAGGAGAUGCUACGCUUCAAGCGCGACGAGAUUCUCCCCGCUGACGAGGAUGUGGCUCGGUGCAUCCGCCGAAUGCAGGCAUGGUACUCCGAGGUGAACGGACGGCUCUACAAGCGGUCCUUCUCGUAUCCUCUACUGCGGUGCCUCGGGCCUGAAGAGGCUCAGACAGUCCUGGUUGAGGUCCAUGAGGGGAUUUGUGGAGAGCAUAUCGUUGGACGGACCUUGGCUUACAAAAUCCUUCACCAAGGAUACUAUUGGCCCACCAUGUCCCGAGACGCAAGAUCUUACGUACAGCGGUGCAGCCCAUGCCAGAGGCACACCCGAACGGCCCGACAGUCGGCGGUUCCGCUCGCCCCCAUUGACUCUGAGGUUCAGCUCGGUGGCCCACCCCCAGACGAACGGACUGGCCGAGGUGACCAACCGAUCUAUUUUGGAUGGGCUCAGAAGGAGAGUGUCCACGGCCAGAUCGGCUUGGGUGGACGAGCUCCCAAGUAUCUUAUGGUCCCUGCGGACCACCCCCAAAAUCGCAACAGGAGAAUCCCUCUACAACCUCUUAUUUGGGACCGAGGCCGUCCUACCACCCAAAGUGGUUUUCCCUACCCCUCGGACGAAAACUACGAUGAAAGGGUAUCGACCCAAGGACUACAAGCCAGUCUCGACCUGCUCAAAGAGCGGUGUGCUGACGCGCACUUGAAAGACCUCUCUUACAAGAGAGCCAUCGCUAGAAUCUAUAACCGCAAGGUACGACCCCAACUGAUUAAAUUAGGCGACCCGAUCCUGCGCAAGGCCGAAGUCAGUGACCCGACCCGAGCGCGCGGCAAGCUUGCCCUCAAUUGGGAAGGACCUUAUCGGGUUAUCGGCGUCGCCAAGAUCGGCACGUAUCGGCUCGCAACCAUGUAG